AUGCCAGGGGUGGUUGCCCCGGCCAAGGCGGUGCCGCUCCGGAUUUCGCCGCCCGCGGAGAACGACGACCAGAUCCGGAGCCGAGGAGACGACGAGGCCUCCGAGUUGACCAGGAAGACCAGAUCUCCGAUGCCGAAGGCGGCGUCCUCCGGUUCCGCAGGAAGGGGAAGGCCCUCCCCGGACCGGAGCUCGGGGAAGAAGAGGAAUUCCCCUGCGGAGAAGCCCUUGCUCGAAGAGUCAGUGCUGGACAACCCGGAUCUGGGGCCUUUCCUCCUGAAGCUGGCGAGGGACACCCUCGCGUCGGGGGAGAGCCCCACCAAGGCCCUAGACUACGCGAUCCGAGCUUCCAAAUCGUUCGAGCGUUGCGCUCAGAGCAGCGGCGAGCCGAGCCUGGACCUGGCGAUGAGCCUGCACGUCACGGCGGCGAUAUACUGCAGCUUGGGGAGGUACGAGGAGGCCGUGCCCGUGCUGGAGCGGGCUCUCCAGGUCCCGGAGGUGGAGAGGGGGAUCGACCACGCUCUGGCAGCCUUCUCCGGGUACAUGCAGCUCGGGGACACCCACUCCAUGCUUGGACGCGUCGAUCGGGCGAUUGCCUGCUACUCGGAAGGCCUGAAGACUCAGAUGCAGGCUCUGGGAGAUACCGAUCCCAGGGUCGUGGAAACUUGCAGGUGCGUAAUCCCUGACCUAGAGUUCUCUCCUCCCCGGCGCCCACUCCAGGGUCGUGGAAAGUCGCAGGCCCUGGACUCUGUGAUCAGAAAGAACGGCUGCCUCCCAGCUGCUAUGCACAUCUCGAGAAUCUGGAUCGUCCUUCAGCAGUUUUUUGUUUACAAAGUACCGACCUUCCUCCAUUGUCCAUGCUGGGCGACUGAUUUCGGGACAAAUUGGCAGGUAUCUAGCAGAGGCCCAUGUCCAGGCAUUGCAGUUCGACGAGGCUGAGGAUCUUUGCCGGAAGACCCUCGAGAUACACCGGGAGCAGAGCGGCCUUGGAUUAUUGGAGGAGGCCACCGAUCGUCGUCUCAUGGCCCUCAUCUGUGAGGCCAAGGGAAACUUUGAAGCGGCCCUCGAGCACCUCGUCCUCUCCUCGAUGAUCAUGAUCGACUGUAAACAAGAUAACGAGGUUGCAGCCAUUGAUGUCAACAUCGGAAACAUCUACCAGUCUCUGGGUCGCUUCGACGAGGCUGUCUUUGCCUACCAGAAGGCACUGACGGUCUUCAAGUCAAUCAAGGGGGACAACCACUCCACCGUCGCUUCUGUGUUCGUUCGCCUUGCUGACCUCUACUACAAGACGGGCAAGCUCAGGGAGUCGAAGUCGUACUGUGAGAAUGCACUGAGGAUCUACUCAAGCCCAGUGCCUGGGACAUCUUCAGAGGAGAUUGCCGGCGGUCUGACAGAGAUAUCUGCCAUCUACGAGGCUAUCAAUGAGCCCGAGGAGGCUCUGAAGCUGCUGCAGAAGGCCCUGAGCCUCUUAGAGGAUUCCCCGGGGCAGUGGAAUACUAUUGCAGGCAUUGAGGCUCAGAUUGGCGUCAUGUACUAUGAGAUCGGCAGGUACGGCGAGGCAAAGAGCUCCUUCCAGAGUGCUGUGUCGAAGUUGAGGGCCGGUGGGGAGAGACAGUCUGCAUUUUUUGGAGUCGUGCUGAACCAGAUGGGACUGGCAUGCAUACAACUCUACAAAAUUGACGAAGCAGCUGAUCUUUUUGAAGAAGCCAGAAGCAUUCUGGAGAAAGAAUGUGGUCCUUGCCACCAGGAUACACUCGGUGUUUACAGCAAUCUUGCGGCAACUUAUGAUGCCAUGGGAAGGUAAGCAGUGUCUGUGAUGAUUUCUUUCCUCGUAGUUCUCUAAAUAUUAUGAAAUCCGAUUUUUUUUGUGUGUGUGCAUUUAUAUUAUUAACUUUUUAGGCGAUUAAUGCAAUCUUUGGGAUUUUGGAUGCCUACAGACCUUGCUAGAUCUUCAUUGAAUGUAAUCCAGAUGUUACUAAUACUUGGCCGAAAAACGAAAAUGAAGAAUAAUAAUCUGAGAUAUCCGACAGUCAUUAGUAUAGUAAAAGGGCUUAAGAUUUGUUUUAUGGCACAUCAUCUACCGUACAGUUGUUUUAUCUUCCGGAGCUUGGAUUCUUUCUUCUGUGAGAAGCAGAGGUCUCCUGUUCAAGCUCCCAUGAACUGAUGCACUCUCUCUCUCUGAAAAAUCAAACCAUGUUAGGCGGCAUGUCUCUCUCUGUAGAAAGAUAAAAGGUAUAUAAAUAUGUUUCUGUUCUAAAGUUAGUUCCCACGAUCAAGAUUUAUGACUGAGUGUGUGAUUUUAGGUCCCUGUAGAUCCGAAACUUCAUUUACCAACUCCCGUUCUGCAACAGUGUUUGGUUUGAGACAGACGUGAGCUUGGUUGGAUGUAGUGAGAUGAAUAUCUGAUUGCAUGACUUCAGAACAGUGAGUCAUCGGAGAAUUACCAUAAAUUUCCUUCUGUAUUUUUUUUUUCAAAAAUUAAAAUUCAUUUUCGAGCAGAAAACUCGGUAUUAGGCUUUGCUGCUGCUUCACAACUAUCAUCAAUCGGUUCAAGAGGCAUUACCGGUCGUCAAGCUAGGUUUUUGCGUGUGUUCACUGUAUAUCGUGCUCUGUCCUGGAAGGGGGUUGCUUUGUCAGGUGAGAAAGUGAGUCUGAAAUGGGUUUGAAGAUCUCUCCCGAGUCCUGUUUUGGGUGAAUGACAGAAAUCUCCAUCUUUCUCUGCAGUGUUCUUAUCGUUAUCUUUAGAUCACUUCUUUCGUGCUCUCUUUCUUGAAUUCCAAUUCUCUGCAUUGCUCACAGACAAAAAUUAUGCCUUUUUUCUCCGAUUUCACUGUUUUUCUGGAGAGAUUUCUUUGUGGGAAGAUCAAUGUGAAAUAGAAAGAUAUACCAGUUCCACAUUCUGCUAUAAUCGGGACACAGGAAGCCAUUAAUGUCCGGUUAAAAGAGAUCGAAAUAAUAUUCAUCCAGAGUUGUCCAGUAAUCUGCAACAGAUCGACCGGACAGCACUGACAGGAUCGUCCUCUUAGGAUGGGACAAAUCGUGGGAAGAGACGUCAUGGUCCUGUAAAAUCACGAUCACCGCCCGUUCUUGACCUCCGCGUCGGUUCCCCUUUUCGCAGGCUGGAGGACGCGAUCAAGAUCCUGGAAUACGUCCUCAAGCUGCGGGAAGAGAAGCUCGGAACGGCGCAUCCCGAUGUCGAGGACGAGAAGAAGCGGCUGGCCGAGCUCCUGAAGGAGGCUGGCAGGGGCAGGAACAGGACGGCCAAAUCUCUAGAGAACCUCCUCGAUGCCAACUCUCGCAGGGUGAAGAAGGAAGGGACACGGAGAUGGUCUGGUUUGGGCUUCAGAAUCUGA